AUGGACAUCUUCAAGGGGUACAAUUCCCUGGUCCGUCCCGUUCCUAACAGCACUUCCACUCCUGUGGAGAUAUCUUUUAGUUUGGCCAUGGUUUUAUUGAUCAGUGUCGACGAAAAAAAUCAAAUCAUGCAAACAAACGUGUGGCCGACAAUGGUAAGGACCUGUAACUCUCACAAUAACACGUUUUAGAGAUGGACUGAUUAUCAAAUGAGGUGGGAUCCACGGAAAUAUGGGGGAAUUCAAACUGUCAGACGUAGGUUUAAGUGAAUUAUAAAAUAAAAUGGUGUCCUUCAUUUGGUGCUGGCCUAACAUAUUUAUAUCAAAUGUUGUAAAAUUGUUUGACCAGCUAGCUUCUUGUGCGACGCUCAGAUUUUGAUGAAACUUGGCAUAGAUUUCGAAUAAUUUUUUCUAAAAUAUAUGCGAGAAUCGUAGCUCGCGCUUUGCAGAAACCGCUGAGAUUUUUAGAUCGAAAGUCGGGGAAAAUUUAGGACUUUUUGCCGAAUUUCGGCACGAAAAGUUGCAUACCUAUUUCUACCGUAAAGGGUAAUGGUUCCACAAAAAAUCAUUUUUUUCCGCACGAAACUGCCAAAGUUAUGGCUAAAAAGUGUUUUUUCUCGGACCGCUCUCCGCGUUAGGCGUACUCUCUCCGCGGCAAAAACGGUUCAAUAUGUCGGUGGCGCUUGCAAAGCACGAGCUAAAACUUUCAGGAAUUGAUAUUUAGUCAAUGCCCGACGUGUGUGCAAAUUUAAAGAAAAUCUUGGGGUACUUCCCGUAUUAGCCAAAGACUCGAAUAUUUUCCAAGUCCGAUAAACUCAGUUGGAAAUCAUUGCAAACAUUUUCUAAGUUUCACCCAUUUCGGGCUCCAAAAUUUGGAAUGAAAACGUCAGUAUAAUUGUCAGUAUAAUGGCCUCCAUAAACUUGGGCCCGCCAUAUUUGGACAAACAAAGGGGGGCCUCAGCUUCAAUUUGGUACUAGUCGCGGCAAAAAGUCCUUAGAAUUUUUCGCGGCCUCCGAAAUGUUGAUUUGUCGCUGCGAAAAACGGGAAUCGCGCGCGACAAUAAGGCAAAAUCAACAAAAUUGCACAGUGCAAAAUGUGUUUUCGGGUGAAUGCACAGUGCGGAGUCGCAGAAAAUUCUAAGGACUUUUUGCCGCGACUAGUAUUUCAUAAAAAUUGGUGCAUUAGUGGCGGAGAAAUACUUUACAUAAGUUUGGAAGCCAUCAUGUAGACAAAAAAAAGAUAAAGUCAAAAAUGAUUAGAUUUACAAUUAAUUUAUAAAACGCAUUCUUUGUAUCAAAUGAAAGGCUGUUUAUAAAAUUAUUACAAUUAUAUAAAGAUGGUGACAUACGUACGCAUCAAAUCCAAUGUCGUGGCCAGAAACCGCAAUUUCUUCUCUGUUGAAUAACAUUGUGUAAUAUUGCGCAAAUUCCUGCUCUCUCCCUGUGGAGAUUUUUUUCUUUUUUUCUCUGCUCAGACAAGAAUUGCGCAUUUCUUUUCUAGAGGCCUAACAGAAUUUCUGGCCGCGACACCCGAUUUGAUGCGUAUGUCACCAUCCUUAUAUGUAUCAGAAAUAUUAUUUUAGUGCCUCCGGACAAAGUUUGGCUACCGGAUAUCGUACUUUUCAACAAGUGAGUUUGAUCUGUAAGGUAUAGUUGUUUUUUAUAGCGCUGAUGGAAACUACGAAGUUUCAUUUUACUCGAAUGUGGUAGUAGAACACACUGGAGAGAUGCUUUGGGUUCCUCCAGCCAUCUACAAGAGCUCCUGCACAAUCGACGUGGAGUUUUUUCCCUUCGACGAACAAACUUGUGCCAUGAUUUUUGGAUCUUGGACAUUCAACCAGCACGAAGUCACAAUCAAAUAUUUGAUGGGGAAACGACAGGUGGAAUUAAAUGAUUACUCGCCCUCAGGGAUCUGGGAUGUGAUGGAAGUGCCGGGGGAAUUGAUCCAGGAAAAGAGCAAAAUUGCAUAUCAGAUUAAAAUAAGACGGUAUGUUUACUGUGACUUUUAAAAAAAUAAUAAUUGAUUCUUCAGAAAAACAUUGUUUUACACAGUAAUCCUGAUCAUCCCCACAGUUCUGAUGGCCUUUUUAAGUAUGAUGGUGUUCUACCUCCCAGCCGAGGCCGAUGAGAAGAUCACAUUAUCCAUCUCCAUCCUUUUGGCUUUGGUGGUUUUCCUCCUCCUCGUCUCCAAAAUCCUCCCUCCCACAUCUUCCACAAUCCCAUUGAUGGCCAAAUAUUUAUUGACGACCUUUUGUCUGAAUAUAGUCACCAUUCUAGUUACUGUGGUCAUUAUCAACAUCUAUUUCCGAGGCCCAACAACUCAUACAAUGCCGAUUUGGGUGAAGCGUAUCUUCUUGCAAUACAUGCCAUUGUUUUUGUGUAUGAGACGUCCAAAUAUUGAGAAUCUGCAAAACACACAAAAGAAAUCUUUUGGGAAAGUCAAUUAUGUGCCCGGGGAAUUCAUUGAGAUGUCAAAACCCAAGGUAGAAUAUGCCCACAUUUGUUUGUAAAAUGGAAUAUUGUGCAGUCAUCCUUACUCGAAAAUCAACUUUUUUUAGGUCAGUCAUCAUCCUCAUUGUCAUCGCCAUGAUCUUCUGCCUCAUGUUGAGACAGCCUUAAACAGAAAGCUGAAUGAUUAUAAGGCCGAGUUCAACGAGAUGCUAAGCGAAGAAGCAAUCAAAGCCAUGGACGCCGUGGAUUACAUCACUCAACAUCUCAAACGAGUCAAUCGUUAUAAAAAGGUAGUCCGGUCACGUUAAAGGGCCAGCACAGCUACUUUUGAAACGCGAUUUGGUGUUUUCAAGCACCAUUACUCUUUCACGUCGUUAUUGGUGCAGCAGACGAAGAAAUUUAGUGGGGAUUCCGUGUGCCAAGCCGUAAAAAGCGCGAUUCAAAAGCAUUACUGGCCCUCUAAUUGUAUUCCCUUUGCAGAUAAAAGAUGAAUGGAAAUACGUGGCAAUGGUAAUCGACCGAUUGUUAUUGUACGUCUUCUUCGCCGUGACGGUGGGUGGUUCGAUGGGGAUUCUGCUUAGCGCCCCCAACGUAUUCGAAUACGUGAACCAGACUGCCGUCAUCGAACGGCUCACCAAGUCCGCCGAACAAGAGCUCAUCCCUUGA